AUUUACAAGAGGAAAAGCAGCAAUGAACAAAUCAUAUCAGCUCUCACCAGAAACUGAUAUUUCCUACGUCUGUAGUGACAAGCCAAACAUGGAUAACAUGUUUCCUUCUUUAUAUGAUGGUUUGGAAUCAGAAAUUCCCCCUAGAUAUUCAAACACCUCAGAGUGGGACAACAGAAGCUCCACAUCGACAUCUUACUCAGCACAAAAUGAAUCUACCUCAGCCCCAACUGAAAUCAGACAGUUCAGUCAUUCACAGAAUGUGGAUGAAAAAAUGGAAGCUCAAAUGAGGAUGCUCAGGCUAGAGCUCAAACAAACAAUGGACAUGUACAAUACAGCCUGCAAGGAGGUUCACACAGCAAAACAGAAGGACAUGGAACUCAACCGAUGGAAAUUGGAAGAGAAAAAGAGAUUAGAAGAGGCACAAGUAGCUGAGGAAGUUGCGUUGGCACUAGUACAGAGAGAAAAAGCGAAAAGUAAGGCAGCCAUUGAAGCAGCAGAAGCAGCUCAAAGAAUUGCUGAAUUGGAAUCACAAAAAAGGAGAAAUGCAGAAUUGAAAGCCGUUAAAGAAGCUGAAGAGAGAAAGAAGGUAUCAGAAGGUAGGGUCUAUGAUAUCAGCUAUAGAAGAUACACACUUCAGGAAAUUGAAUUAGCAACAGAAAAUUUUUCAAAAUCUUGCAAGAUUGGGGAAGGAGGUUAUGGUCCAGUUUACAAGGGGGAACUGGACCACACACCAGUAGCGAUAAAAAUUCUACGACCAGAUGCAGCUCAAGGAGAGACACAGUUCCAGCAAGAGGUUAAAGUACUGAGCUGCAUGCGACAUCCGAACAUGGUUCUCCUUCUUGGAGCUUGUCCAGAGUAUGGUUGCCUGGUUUAUGAGUACAUGGCUAAUGGGAGCUUAGAAGAUCGUCUCUUCCAGCGUGGUAACACCCCUGUUAUUCCUUGGCAAUUAAGGUUCAGAAUAGCUGCUGAAAUUUGCACUGGGCUAUUGUUUCUUCAUCAAACCAAGCCAGAGCCCCUAGUACACCGUGACCUCAAACCCGCUAACAUUUUGCUAGACCAUAACUAUGUGAGCAAGAUUAGUGAUGUCGGUUUGGCCAGACUUGUCCCUCCAGCAGUAAUUGAUUCGGUUACUCAGUAUCGCAUGACAUCAGCAGCCGGAACAUUCUGUUAUAUUGAUCCAGAGUAUCAGCAAACUGGUAUGCUGGGAAUAAAAUCAGAUGUCUACUCACUCGGGGUUUUGCUUAUACAACUAAUCACUGCCAAGUCACCAAUGGGUUUGACAUAUCAUGUUGAGAAAGCUAUUGAGGAAGGUACUUUCACUGAAAUUCUUGACCCUGCUGUUCCUGACUGGCCAGUUGGGGAAGCCUUAGAGUUUGCCAAGCUAGCAUUACAGUGUGCUAAAAUGAGAAGGAAAGAUAGACCAGAUCUCGGGAAGGUUGUUUUACCUGAGCUUAUCAGAUUGAGAGAAUUCGCCGAAGAUAGCAGAACUUCUGUCAAGCCUGAUGGUGGUGAAGAACAUUUAUCAAGACAUGAUCCCAGUUCCAGAAAACAAGACGUGCUCAGUGAUCUCAAUCUACCGUAUUCUGAAAAUGAUAGCUCAAGGAGCCGUUCCAGCACAUCAUCUUAUACAGAAGGAAGAUGAUUCUCAGACUCGUAACCGGUACCUUUCAUUACUUGAAACACCUCAGCCUUUAAGAACG